AUGACGAAGAAGUUCACGUUAGUGCGCAUGCUCGCCAGCUCGGCGGAUUUUUUUGUUUGUUUUUGAAAAAAGUUUUCAGUCUUGAAUUACAGGCGUGCAAAGCUGAUACAUUCUUGAAUACAGUAACUUGUGUCGUUCCCUUCUAUGAUUUUUCUUUUUUUUAGAAGAUAAGCCCUCCAACUCGAGGACUUUAAUAGACGUCUGAUGGUGCCUCCCAGGAAAACGAUGACACCGUCGAAGCAGACAUCAGCUGUGGCUUCACAGAUCAAAAACAAAAUUAUCAACACCUCCUCCUUCUUCAAGGUCUCCCUGAAGACCAACAACAAGGCCCUGGCUCUCGCUCUGCAGGCCCAAAAGGAGAAGAGCAGGCAGCUUGAGAUGGAGGUGGUGCUCCUGCAAAAACAAGUCAAGGAUCUCUGCUUCCAGCUGGCCACCAAGAAACACAACCAAAGGAAACUGAUGCUCAUCGUGAAAAAUCUCCUUAAUAACACUCUGCAACAGCUGGGCAUGAUGGCAGAACUUGUCUCUGAUAAGGAUUCUCCAAGGCUGUCAGAGGGCUGCCACUACCCAACAGAUAAAAACAAAGAGAACGAUGCAGCAGCGCGUAGGCCUGAAAUGUUAAGGAAUCCUUUCUGCCACAACAAAAACUUGGAAGCAACACUAGGUCUGCCUGAAGGAAACCCUCAUCUGGAUGUUUUAAGUGUCCUAACCAGAUGCAGCAACCCCUCUGAUAUUUUUCAUGAAAACGCUGAGGAAAGGCGUUUGAGUCAACGUGUUCAACCCACUCAGACAGGAUCGUGUUGUCCUCCACGCAGCAGCCUGAGGAGUGAAGUGGAGCGCCUGUCCAGAGCCUUGUCCCAGUCCAGCUCUGAAAUAAACUCUGUCCUCUGUCCUCAGAACAAUCAAACGCAUGAAAACUCCACAACAUCCCUUUCCAGUGACGUAAACGCUCCAAGUGUGUCUGCCUCAGAAACUGAGCCUCAGUUAGCAAAAGCUGACAAUACAGUGCUUCUCAAUUCGUCGAUGGAGAUUACAUUGAGUAACGCAGUUGAAAUUGUCACCGUGGAAACCAAAGCCAAGAAGAAAGGUCCUUCCUGUGAGACGAAAGGCACAAAGAGUCAACAGGUGGGUCGCAGUCCAGAUGUCCAGAAUGGUUUCAACCACAGACCAAAUAAGGAACCUACUCAAAAAAAUAAACUAGAAGAUAAAGACUCAGGAGUUCUUGAGGUACAUUUACCCAAAAAACGCGCCAACAAUAUGAAAACAUCUCGCAUCCCCAAGUUUGUCAGCCAUCAGAAGACAUCCAAGAGUGAUACCGACUGCUGUGACACUGUCUCACAGGAUUUGGAUGAUUAUUUAUCCAACUCUAAAGUUAGCUUGUUGAAGGCUGGAGGCAGUGAACCUGAAGAAGGUUCUAAAAUCACCUACAGACGGUCCAGAACUAAAGUAAGGAGACGCUCUAUGGUCAUUCAAAAGACCCCGUCAGUCUGUCUGUCUCAUGAUGACGAGAGCCAACAGUCCAUACCGGAGAAGGUCCACGAUGAAGAGGAAGCAGAAAACACAGAGCCACCACAGGAAUACGUAUUCCAUCCAGUGGAAGUGGCAGGUCUUGGGUCAGAGGAGAAUCACUCUCCUGUAGCCAGGAGGAAAACGCAGACCAGACCGAGAUGCAGAGGAACUUUUGUCAUCUCUGUUUCUAGGAACAGUAACUCCCCGGGUCUGGACAGUAACAUGAUGUUUCCUGGAGAACCCCACUGUUCAGCUGAGGAGCUGUUGAAGGAUCUGGCUCAGAGUUCUGGACAUUUCCAUGCAGUUCAGCAAACAGCAACCCGCAGCGCUUCAAAGCGCCCUCUGGUGGAAACAUCAGAGCAUAACAUGGAAGUCCUGCCAGCAGAUGAAUGUGAUCGUUCAGAGAACCCCACACGUAAAAAAUCCAGACUAGACGAAGCAGGAGGCUCCAGGAACAGGAUGACGUCAUCACUGGAGAAAUGUGCUGAUGGUUACGACUCCAGGCAAAAGAGAAAAACAAGCAAAAGCAGCAAAAAGGUUUUAUCUGAAGAUGAAUCUGGUCUGCAUCCUGUCUGCAGUGAUCAGCUUCUUCUCUGCAGCCCUUACAGUCUGGAGGUCAGGAAGGGAGGUGAAGAGGAUUCUCAGAUGCUCCUCAGCCAUGAUCAUUAUGACAUUGGUGAAAAUCCGCCUGAUCCUAAAGUCUCCAAAGGCAGGAAUGCUGCAAAACCACAAAGGAAGACAAAGCUGCAUACAGCAGCCGAAACCAGGAACCUAAGGGAAACGUUUGUCAUCCACAGACCGACAUCUCAGGACAAAAGCAAGAGUAUUUCUGUCAAUAACACAAAGACAUCCGUUGCUAAUGAUGAGACGGCUCAUCUGGAUGUCGGCUUUCUGCUAAUGGAUGUGCAGCCACCAUGGCUGCUUGGAGAGCUCAAUACUGUGGACCCAGAGUCCAAUUCUAUACGCAGCUCUCCAAACAGGAGCCCAUCAUGCAGGCUGGCGGUGACUGAGGGGUCAGCUAGAGCCUCACCAGCAGGAAGAGCUCUAACAUCGGUUACCAACACCUUUCCAAACCCAUAUGAUGAAAACAAAGGAAGAAGCAGGAGAAGGAACUGUGGGGUCAGCUAUAAGGAGCCACCACUGAACAGGAAACUUAGGCGUGGAGAUGAUUUUACAGACACCACAUUCCUGAGUUCUCCGGUGUUUAAAGACCGGAAGAAGAAGAAGAAGAAGACGAAGCAGUAGCAGAAACCAGUGGGGUGGGCUGUGGACAAACAACAACAAAUACUUUUUCCUUGUGAUAAAUCCAAUGUUCUAGUUUCCUGCAGCUUUUCAAAAUGUUCUCAGAACGUUUGUUGUUUUAACUCGGCAUGUGUUCAAAUUUGUAGUGUUAAGACUUUUUAGAUUUUUUACGUUGUUGUCAUUGGGGAUGUAACAGCUGUUUGCUCCUGAUGGGAAGCCAGCUGUAAAUAAUUGAGUGGAAGCUGAUAACCUGAUACUCCCUGUGAUGUUCAGCUGCACAGGAUAAAGUCUCAGUGUAGCCAACCAUUUUUAGGAUUUGCUGUGUGAGCAUGCCAAGUGAAGAUCUCCAAGCUCCACUUUCUGCUCCAUCAGCUUGUGUUGUGAGUAUAAAUCUUAACAUUUUAGAUCUGUUGAAGUUUGUAUGAUUUUUUAAAAUUAUUAUUAAACGUGUUUAUCAGAAAACUUAAA